CCUAACCUAAACCUAGGGCCGGUCCUAGGUGCGGUAGUAGCUGGAAUUGGUAGAGUUUACUACCAGGUACUAGGUACUAGGUAGUACCCUAGGACCCCUAGGGCUGGAGGUAUAUGUACGUAGUAGGUACUGUACAUAGUUAACCUGGAAUGUUCUCAAUUUCAACUUCGAUUUUACUAGGUCACAGCACUUCUCACCAAGUACCUACUCAUACUCCAUACUUCCUUCAUACUGCUAUCAGAUAUCCCAUUCUUCACUCAGAAAUUACAAAGUGCCUCGACAGACUCAUAAAACAUAACACACAAUGUCCAUGAUCAGCGUAGUCAGCCUACCGCGCAUCACCGCGCCAAAACUGGCCGAGAUGCUCCUCGCCAGCAUCAAUCAGCCCUCUUCCGCAGACACAUCAUCCGUAGCGGUCGUGGAUGUACGAGACGACGACCACAUAGGCGGGCACAUCAAGUCGUCGCUGCACUUCCCCAGCACCAGCCUCGACGCCACGCUGCCCACGCUGCUGCGCCGCCUCGCGGACAAGGACGUCGUCGUCUUCCACUGCGCCCUCAGCCAGCAGCGCGGGCCCGCCGCCGCGCUGAGGUAUCUGCGCGAGAAGGCCGCCAAGGAGCAGGCAGAGGGCGAGAAGGCCGCCGUGAAGCAGGCAGGGGGCGAGGGGGGCGAGGAGAAGAAGAGCCAGCAGGUCUACGUCCUCGAUAAGGGCUUCGUCGGCUGGCAGGAGAUCUACGGCCCCGAUGAGAGGCUCACGGAGGCGUAUCGGAAGGAGCUGUGGGAGGAUGGGUGUUAGGUAGUUAGGGAUUGUUGUUGGGGUACUGAUCUAAAAAAGAAAUCACAGGUAGAUUUGAAGGGGAAGCAGGGGUGGGGGAGAAGAUGUGCGGCUGAGUGUGCAUGAUUGAUGAUUUUAUGCGUUGGUUCGUUCGUAAGACGAUCGACGCCUUUCCGACGAACGCUGGUAUUCAUUCAUAUGAUUGUUGCCCUGGGUUUCCUGCAGAAACGGAUCUUCAAAGUUAUGGAUGGAUGGUUUUCGGCCACAAAGCUACCUAAGCAUACACAAUAGACGUUAGAGCUUUAGAUGGGAUGGGGGGGGGCGCGGGUUUUCAGGCAGAUUUUCAAGAUCAAAUUACUCAUAGCGAACCAACCCUAGAGUAUUCGCCAAGUUUUCAAAGCUUAUUGGUUACCUACCUAGGUAGGUACCGUUAAAAACUUGGUUCUUGGACUAGGCAGGGCCUUGAUCUAGGGCAAUAUAUUGAUACCUACCUAAGGUAUAUGAA